AUAUUUUCCAAUAAAAUUAAAACAUUUAAUUAAAAACUCAACAAUUCAAAAUCAUUUAAUAAUUACAUAUCAGAGUUUAUACAAAGAGUGCGGAAGCCUUAUAAUUAAAUCCACAUUAAAUCCCUGCAUCCGUACAUCUCCUCCAUCAUGCUGCUCUCCGGGAUGGAUUCCAGAGUCAAUCACCCACAACCACCUACGUGUAGCAAAUAGGAAAAAGGGCUACACGCUCGGCAUUGAAGCUAAGUGAGAAAUAUCUAACAGUUCGAACAUACACAUAGGCGAAUCCACUAAUUCAUAAUUAUCACAUGAUAUCAUGCACACAACAUGUUUGGCAACAAUCAUACGGCAAACGAGGUAUAACAUGCAAAUGAACAGCAUGACAGUUCAUAAGAUACAAACAACAAUGAUAUAGGUAUUGGGUACCUUCCUUCUUAGCUUACUUUAGUUUCCUUAUCAUACUUGGCUCUUAACCUAUGCUAGGUUAAAGCUUAACUGAAUUCGACUUGCCUAUGGAGCCAUGACCUUCCCCUUCGGAACGAAGGUCAAGCUCAAACCAACUCGGGAGUUCCUCGUUGGGUGAGUGAGAUCCCUGUCCCCUUCGGAACGACAGUUCUUAGAUCCCCGUGUACACGUUUUUACCCGAACAGCCAUUGGACCCAGCAGGUACCACAUGGCUCUAACUAACUGUACUUAUGGCAUACCUUGCCACUAAUCCAUUCAGGUCAUUUCUUAGAGUUCAUCUAGGUAAUAUAUCCAACAUUCAUUAAUCAAUACAUAAUACAACAUUCAUAAAUCCACAAUUCACUUAACAAGAUGUCCAACAUAAUCAAAUAGCGGCCUAACACUGGGUGUAGACACCCAUGUUUACCGUAAUGCAACACACGAAGUCUCGGAAUCAGUCCUUGACGAAAAUACAAAUCGACGGACCCGACACCAGGUACCAAACGGUACCUGUCACAGUGCGGGGUACCGUCUUCAUGGUACCAGGGUACCGGUCUUACGGUACCGGGGGUACCGACCAAAUCAGUGAACCCCUUCCGGUAGAACUACCACGGUAGCCAACUACCGACUAGGCGGUAGGGCCUACCGUCCGUCCGGUACCUAGGUACCGUACGGUUGUAGCUACCGGCAGAGGCUAAAGCAGCCAACAGAAGGUGACGGUAGCACGGUACCGUCUUGGCGCUACUACCUACCGUCUAACGCAACAAAUUCAAUAUUCAUACCUGUUUUUUUUUGUUUCCAGCGUCAAACCAACAGAAGUCUCAUAUUCAACGAGCACCGAUAGGCUCACAAUAACAUUCUAAACAUUAUCAAGCUCAUUAAUCAAUCAACGCAUAAGGCAUGCAUACUACCCUUUUGAUUCAACAACAAUUCACGAAAUCAUAACCAACAAUUAAACAGAUAAAUCACAUAAAUCAACCACGAUAACAAUCAUGAACGGAAUUUCAAACCUAGAUGCAUAUUCUAGUGUUAGAUGUCCACGUACUCACCUCGUGGGUUCGGUUCAAUCGAAGGAAGCGUCACUCGCGGCUGGUCACCCAAAUUGGUCGUGGAAACUGCCCUUGCUGGCCGGAUCAACUUGCUGUCCGAACUCAGUCAAUCAAGGCCCAGACCUCGCCGGUCGCUGGAGGUCACUUGCCGGAAUAGAGAGCAGCCCCGCCGAAGUCAGAAUCGUUAGCGAGCACUGGAUUCACUGGUCUGCCGGCAUCCUCUCGUUGUCCGCCGAAGAUAUUGGGGUCGCCGGCGCUGGACUUCGUCUCUCGCCGAUUGAGACAUCGCCGACCUAGAUCGCUGCCCCUCGUCCCUGUCCACGCCGGAGCUCCAAUCGCCGCCGGGUGUCGUCGUUGGGUGGCUCACCGUCGUGCCCCUAUGCCGGCGUGGUCGCGAGUCGAUGUCGCCGUUGCCUCCUUGUGCGCCGCUGUUAUUCGAUUGGAUCGAAGAAGGAGGGGGGUGGCGGCGGUUGAGUCGAAGAAGAAGAAGGAAACGGGAGAGGGAGUAUUUAUAUUUCUAGGGUUUUGUGCUCCGUAGUUUAAAUUAACGUGUCUGAGUAAAAACACACUUUUCGG